AUGGCCUCCACGAAGAGCUUCGUAGCUCGAACGAGUCGACUGUCCAUCUCGCCAUUGGCUCGACGAAGAUCUCAGAUAUCUCCCUUCGUCUGCCUACCAUGCCAGCAACUGCGCCAUGCGAGCGACAAUGCCGCCAAAUACAAGCGAAAAGAUACUCCCAAGACGCAGAAGAAGAAGAAAACGCGGUCGACGUUUAAAGAGCCUGAUCUGAGCAAUGCGGAACAAUUCUCGCUGUGCGACGCCAUGCGCUACAUCCGCGCCUUCGAGGUCGGCCGCCCCCCCACCUCCGCAAAGUAUGAAAUGCACAUUAAACUCCGCACGCUCAAGAACGGCCCGGUCGUCCGCAACCGCCUACGACUCCCCCACCCCGUCAAGACCGACCUCCGCAUCUGCGUCAUCUGCCCCCCCGACUCCGCGGCCGCAGACGCCGCGCGCAAAGCCGGUGCCAGUCUCGUAGGUGAAGACAACGUCUUCGAAGCCGUCAAGGAGGGGAAAGUCGAGUUCGACCGUUGCAUCUGCCAUGUUGAUUCGCUGCAGAAACUCAACAAGGCUGGCCUAGGAAGGAUAUUGGGACCGAAGGGGCUGAUGCCGUCGGCGAAGAUGGGGACGGUGGUGAAGGAUGUCGCGACAACGGUGAGGGAUAUGGUGGGUGGCGCGGAGUAUAGGGAGCGCAUGGGGGUGGUGAGGAUGGCGAUCGGGCAGCUGGGGUUUAGCCCGGAGGAGAUGCAGAGGAAUAUUAAGGCGUUUGUGGGGGAGGUGAGGAAGGAUAUUGCGCAGUUGAGUGAUCGGAUUGCGAAGGAUGUGCAUGAGGUGGUGCUGAGUUCGACGAACGCGCCGGGCUUCAGUCUUAACGGUGACUUUAAAGGACCGGACUCGGUCCCGACUAAGGACUUGUCAACACUGUGA